AUGUGGAGACUUCUUCGCGAAGAGAAUAAACGGAAAUGGCUUCGUCUUCGACGCCCAGCGCUUACUGAAGAUCAAGCUCGAAAGCGAUUUGAAUGGGCUCGACGAGUCCAAGAUUAUGACUCCGAAAAAUGGACAAAGAUCUUCUGGUCUGACGAAUCAACUGUCGAAAAAGGUAAAGGUGCUCGCCGAGAGUAUACCUUUAACCGACCCUCGACUCAAAUUCCACUCCGAGAUAUCGACGCAGUUGAUUGUCAUAAGGCUAAGUCCCAGAUGUUUUGGGCCGCCUUUUCAGGAAGUGGUCGAAGAACAGGCCUUAUUCCCCUCUUUGGAGACCCAGAUUCGCCUCAUAGAGGGGUUAAUCGAUGGGUAAUCCUCGAGCUUUACCAACGAGUUCUUCCAACUUUAUUAGAUGGAGUUCAUGGCGCUAUUUUCCAACAAGAUAACGCUCCUGUGCAUACCGCACACGUCGUACGUGACUGGUUAGCGGAUCAAGACUUCGAAAUCAUGGCCUGGCCUCCUUAUUCACCUGAUUUAAACCCUAUUGAGAACCUUUGGUCGCUCUUAAAGGCAAAAAUCUAUGAAUUACACCCUGAAAUUAGAGGUAUGCCAGACAACGACGAAACCCUUGAAUUCGUGGUUUCUAUAGCACAAGAAGCUUGGUCAGAGAUGGAUAUAGAUAUGCUAGAAAACCUUGCUAUAACCAUGCCUCACCGGGUGCAGCAAGUGCUUCAAAACGAAGGCUGGUAUACUAGUUAUUAG